GCUGCUACAGACUGUUCUCAGUCUCUCUCAGUUUCUGUCUAAGGAUUAAUAAAACUUCAACAGGAUCAUCAGGCUUUUCUCCUUCAACCUUUCUUCAGCUUCUACAGUGUGUCACCAUGUCAGCCACGAGCUGUGUGUUGUCUGAAGAGCAGUUCCUGUGUAGCAUCUGUCUGGAUGUGUUCACUAAUCCUGUGACUAUACCAUGUGGACACAACUUCUGUAAAAACUGCAUCACUCAGCACUGGAAAAUUAACAGUGUUAAGUGCCAGUGUCCCAUGUGCAAAAAGAAUUUUAAAACACGACCUGAGCUGUCUGUCAACACUUUUAUAUCUGAGAUGGCUGCUGAGUUCAGACAGUCAGUUGGAAAGAGAGGCAGCACGGACUCUGAGAUACAAGUUGCCAAACCAGGAGAAGUCUCCUGUGAUGUCUGCACCGGAACUAAACUGAAGGCGCUAAAGUCCUGCUUGACGUGUUUGGCUUCCUACUGUGAGAUUCACCUGGAUCCUCAUCUGUCAGCGGACACCCUGAAAAAACAUCAGCUGAUUGAUCCUGUGGAGAACAUGGAGGGCAGGGUGUGUACAAAGCACAAAAAACCUCUGGAGCUGUUCUGCAAGACUGAUCAGACAUAUGUGUGCUCACACUGCACUGUUUUAGACCAUGCGACACAUAACAUUGUUUCUCUGAAAGACGAAUAUGAAGCAAAAAAGGUCGAGCUGGAGCAGGCAGAGGCUGAAAUCCAGCGCAUGAUCCAGGAGAGGCAACUGAAGAUCAAGCAGAUGAAAUGCUUUAAAAUGCACAGUAAGGAAGAUGCAGAGAGAGAGAUAGCACAUGGAAUUCGGAUUUUCACAAUUCUGAUGCAGAAUGCGGAGAGAGACCUGAACAAACUCAUUGAGAUGAUUGAAGGCAGGCAGAAAACAACUGAGGAACACGCCGAUGGCUUCAUUAAAGAACUGGAAGAGGAAAUCUCUGCAUUGAUAAAGAGAAGUACUGAGAUGCAGCAGCUCUCACACACUCAAGACCACCUUCACCUCCUCCAGAGCUUCACAUCCCUAAAUACAGCUCUACUCAACAAGACCUGGACGGAGCCCAGCAUCUGUCCACCAUCAUAUGAGGGGAGUGUGGUGAGAGCUGUGACUCAGCUGGAGGAGACACUCAGCACAGAGAAGAGGCAGCUGCUGCAUGAGGCCAAGCUGAAGAGGGUCCAGCAUUACGCAGUGGAUGUGAUUCUUGAACCUGACACAGCUAAUCCCUGGCUCAUGCUGUCUGAUGAUGGGAAACAAGUGUGGUGUGGCAACAUGAGGAGGGACCUGCCAGACAACUCAGAGAGAUUUUCUCUUUAUGUCAGUGUCCUAGCACAGCAGAGUUUCGCUUCGGGAAGAUUUUACUAUGAGGUUCAGGUUACAGGGAAGACUGACUGGACUCUGGGAGUGGUCAAAUGGUCAGUCGACAGGAAGGGAAUAUUCCCGCUGAGCCCAGUGUAUGGCUACUGGGCUGUGGGUUUGAGGAAUGGGAAUGAGUACUUAACUCUCACCAGCCCUGUUGUCCGUCUGAGUCUGGACUCGAGGCCUCAGAAGGUUGGGGUGUUUGUGAGUUAUGAGGAGGGUCUGGUCUCCUUUUAUGACGUAGAUGCUGCAGUUCAUCUCUACUCCUUCACUGACUGCUCCUUCACUCACGAACUCUGUCCGUUCUUCAGUCCUGGUCUUCAUCAUGGUGGCAUGAACUCUGCCCCUCUGAUCAUUUCUCCUGUCAAUCACACUGAUUAGAUUGGAUCAUUCAUUUUGCCAUUUUAGAGAUGCAAUUCAAAGAAUUAAGGUGACAUAAACUGAGAUGUAACUAUUAAAGGCAGCCCAUCUCCAAAACAAACAAGCAACAGAAUCUUGAUACACUUUCAGUUUGUCAAAUUUUUAUGGCUAAGGUGUAAACAAUACUUAGUCAUUCACAGACACAGACUACAUAAAAAUACAUCCUCUGGAGUCAUGUUGCUGUCCACAUGUUGAGUGUAAAGGCUAAUAUUCACUUUAUGGCUGGUUUGGUUCAUUAUUCAGCCAUUGGGGAAGAGUUAGUCUCUAUUUUUUGGGAGAGCUGAGAUUUAUUUCUUAUUUCAGUCUUCACCUUGUCUCUGUACCAGUUUUAUUUUCCUCAUCACAAUCAACUAGUAGUUAGAAGAACUGAUAUGUCAGCUUUGAGAAACAAUGAUCUCUAGAGGCUCAAUUUUUUUCUUCUAUAGCGGCUCCCCUCCUCAUUUAUUCUGAUUCUUAAAAUAAAGCAGAACUCCAGUAAAAUGUGUCAUAUUCGACUACAAUACAAGUUCAGUAUUUGUGUUCAGUUGUAUGUAAAACCACUUCGCCUAUGUGCACAACCAGAGAUUACCGUAAGAGGAAGUCUUCCUCUCUCCUGUGCAUCGGUGAGCAGAAGAAUUUUACUGACAAUUGACUGAUAGGGAUUAACUUGUGUUUUGAUAGGACAGUGCACUGUGCAGCUGUUAAGCUGUCCAACACAUCUAGUUGUAAAACUUGGGCCUCAUGUAAAUGGUUUAGUUUUGAAGGGCACUCAGACAUGUGAGCUUAAAGUAAUAUAUAUAUAUAUUUUAAAUCAGGGUUAGGUUGAUAAAAUUUGCUGGGUUGCAUCUGUUUCAUUAUUCAGCAACAGUGGUGGUACAUAUUAUAUUCAUGGUUACGUCCUGCAAUUAAAUGAAUGGUGCUUGACUGGGUGUGCUUGCUGAGGAAUCGGGACACGUCUUGUCAGGCAACAGGAGGAGGACCAGUGACUGGUCCCUCCCAGUCACUGGAAAAUACCUGGAAACUAGAUAUUAGUCAGGGAGCCUCAGGCAGAGAGGAGCAAUUCUGAGUGGCUAGAACAAUAGGAAAUUGAAUUUGAAAAAAAGUCCACUUCUUGAGAAACUUGAUAACUAUGUGACAAUGAUUAUUCUUUUAACAUAUCAAGCCAUCACCAUCUUACAUUUUUUGUGCAACUUUUAAUUAUUAAUUGCAAAACAAGUAGUAUCAAUUUGAUACUGUUAUUAUUUUGAGAUAUUAUGGGGAGGGUGUUGGAGUUGCAGUUUUCUAUGUCCAAAGAGAUUAUUAAUAACACUGAGGAGGGCGUGUCACCCCACCCAGUCAUUUUCAUACAUUCCCUCAACCCAAACACCAGCAGUAAUUUGACACGUCAACUCCAGAAAAGCAACAAUUUUAUCACAUUGGCUUCCAGGACAAGCAUAUCCUGGUUACUUGACCAUGACGUCUACUUGUGUCUAUAUGAUCUGUUCGGUGUAUUUGAAAGGCAUUUCACUGAUGCAACUCAAAUGUUGUGAUGUGAUGAUAUGUGUGUAUGUGUAUGUGUAUUUGUAUGUGUUGCACUUUGAACUUCAGAUUCUAUUCAGUGGUACUAUUUUUGAAAGUUCCUUGUUAACAACUUUUUGUAUGUUUGUACUCUUUAUUAUGUUAACAUAUAAUAUAAAAAAUAAUG